ACUCAGGCUACUAAUAAGGUAUAUAAAGCGCGUUCAGUGCGUAGGUUGCACAGACACAGUCGGCGGUCUGGGGACACUCAGGAGUCAACAGUCCCCACCCAACACGACAGAGGAAGGAAUUUCAAGUCAUCCGGCAAGCUCACUUCACUUCAGGUCAUCCUGCAAAGAUGAAGUGGUUUGUUCUGCUGGUCUGGUCGGUCGGACUGUGUUCCGCCACGCCAUGUUGGCUGCUGGGUGCUGGUGAUUCGGCCUGUUCAAGUAUGAUGCUUGAAGCUCGUUCAGUUGCCCCUCAGACAACCCCGAGCCCUUACAGCGUGGCAGUGGAGUACGACAAGGAUCACCAUAGAUUCAAUGUUGGCGUGGUGGGAGAGGCGCCGUUCGUGGGCGUCCUGCUGCAGGCCCGGCGGCCAGGCAGUACCGAGCCGGUCGGCACCUUCCUCCCGCCCCCUGCGCGUACUGGCCUGAAGCGGAUCACCUGCAGCUCUCAGGGGGACAGCAUCACCAACCGCAGGCCGCUACGAACCAACGAGAUCAGGCUGACGUGGGAGAUGCCGCAGGGAGAGGGGAAACUGGGCGAGAUCUACUUCGUGGCAACUGUGGUGCAAUCAUGCAGCAGUUAUUGGGCGAGCGUGCAGUCGGAGUCAAUAGCGGACAUCACACGCCACAUGUUCUGGCCUGGAACCGUGCCGGAUGGGUACUUUUGGGCGACAGCUACAGCGUCCUACCAGAUUGAGGGAGCGUGGAACCGUAACGGGAAAGGCGAGUCGAUGUGGGACCACUACGCACACAUGCUGGGGGCCUAUGAAGGAGACGAAGCCUGCAAGAGCUACGACUAUUACGCCCGGGAUGUUGAGAUGCAUGAGGAGAUGGGUCUGAACUCCUAUCGCUUCUCCAUCUCCUGGACCAGGAUCCUCCCGGAUGGAACUGUGGCCGGCGGCAUCAACCAAGACGGUAUAGACUACUACAACAACCUCAUCAACGAACUGCUCAGCAAAGGCAUAAUACCGUACAUCUCACUGUACCACUGGGACGGGCCCCAGGCGCUACAGGAAAAGUACGGGGCCUGGCUCAAUGAAGCUAUUAUAGAGGACUUCAACAAUUACGCCCGCGUGUGUUUCCAAGCUUUCGGCGAUCGUGUCAAGCAUUGGGUGACGUUUAACGAGCCGUGGUCCUUCGUCAUGGGAGGCUACGGACUUGCUGGAGCUCCACCGGGCAUCUGGGACCACAACAAGACUGAAAUGUACAAGGCAGCUCACAACGUCAUCCGUGCCCACGCUCGCGCCUACCACACGUACGACGAGGAGUUCCGGGCCGAACAGCAGGGAGCCUGCGGCAUCGUCAUCGGGGCUCUUUGGAGCGAACCCCGGGACCCCAACAACCCACAGGACGUUCUCGGCGCCCAGCUGUAUCGAGAUUUCGUCAUGGGCUGGUUCGCGGACCCGAUCUACGGAGACGGCAACUACCCCCAGCGGAUGAGAGACAUCAUUGCAGGCUUUAGUCAGGAGGAGGGGUGGCCCCAGUCCCGUCUGCCCGCCUUCACGGAGGAGGAGAUUCAGUAUAACCGCGGUACGGCUGACUUCGUGGGGCUGAACCAGUACUCUGCACGCCUCAUCUAUGCGUCCGAUGACCCUGGAAUGGUCGACGAAAACGGCUGGUUCAACUGGCUGGCCUUGAUGGUUCCUGAUAUGAAAGGCUACAAGGAGACAGUUGAUCCAACCUGGCCGAAAGGUAAGAUGAUCUUCCUGCGAGUAACACCGUGGGCAGUCCGCAAACAACUGGACUAUUUCAGACGUACGUACCAGAACGACGGCCCAUUCUACCUCACAGAGUCCGGCAUCUCUGAGGCACCGUUUGAACCACCGAAAUUUGACGACGUCUGGAGGGAAUGCUACUACAUGCUGUACACAAACGAAAUUGUGAAAGCGAUUGAACUGGACGGGGUGGACCACCAAGGAUUCUUCGCGUGGACGCUGAUGGACAACGUGGAAUGGGGUUCUGGGUUACACGAGCGCUUCGGACUUUACUACACCAACUUUUCCGAUCCAGCUCGCACCCGGAUUCCUAAAGACUCCGUGGCAACAUACCGGGAGAUCGCGACCAGCAACGGCUUCCCCCUGGGCGCAGCGCACACACAGACCGCUCAGGACCUGUGGGACUGGUGCCUGACUGAGGACCCGUACAAGGGAGCUCUAGAUUAUGACCACUACGGAGGCCCAACCCAAGUUGACCCAACAGUCGACUACGCCCUGCCAGGAGUCCGUGUCGGAGCUGCGUACAAGGACCAGGUCAUGAACAACGUGUGAGCAGCAAACCACAGACCGACCCACCGCGGACAAUAUGUGUGACCUUUUCUGUUGAUCAAACUAUAUAAUUCUGGUGUGCUUCUGUCUGCGAUCUCAUCUUCUGUAUCAGACUAUAAAACAUCACUAUUGUAAUAUUACAUGUACAUUACAUGUAAUCUUCACCAAUGUCAGUCUUAUUUCAACCAUACGCAUGUUGGUUGAUCUGGUAAACUGGAGUUUGCAUAUUACCUCAACUUGGGCAUCUGCAGGACAGAUCGCAUGAUACAACGGUCAUACAUAAAGAGAGAUUUUAAACAAUUCUUCUUCCUUAUUCUAGCACAUAUUGUGCACAUGUAAUAACCUCUGUGGGAAUAGGUUAUAGUAACUUCGGGUCACUGGAUAGUUACAGAUUCCAGUGUUUGACAAUAGACGUAUGCCAUCAGGGUCUGGACAAAGAUCCUCCUCGUUUCAACUGCACUGUACUAACGAAGCAAGCACUAGCAGUUAGUACAUGUACAAGUAACUAUGACCAGAACAUACUGACCUAUUCUCACAUGCUAAAUCCUUGGUUUGAAUGCCAAGGCUAACCUCGCUUCAGCUUAGCAUAAUGAGAGAUUAAAAUAAA